UGCUCUGCAUUCUAUUAAUGCAGCUUUCAAAUUUAUAUCUUUUACCCAAAUGAUGUUCUAGAAUCUAGCUUAUGGUCUUGUGUUCUCCGUCGUUAACGACGAAGGGAUAAACACUUGUAUCUUUGUAAGUAGAGAUUUACAGAGACAAUGUACGAGAAGCUAAUUAACUAAGAAAAAAUUACUAAAGCCAAAGGUCCUUAGUAAGAUAAAGAGAAGGUACUGUACCCUUUAAUUAGGGGAGUUUGCAAUCUGAAGCUUUUGAGUUUGAAGGUUCUGACUUUUUGCAGCAGUUGACUAAUUUAACCAGAUUCCACAACUACAACAAUGUUCACACAAGCCUUCAAAGUACCUAAUCUAACCAUAAUGUCAAACAUUGAGUAUUUAAUCAAAUACUUCUACAUUAGUGUGGAUUAGGUACUGUAGCUUUUGCUUUUCGCUCAUUCCUUCAGUUGAACUCUGUAAUUUUUGACCAAGAAUGUUAAGCAGAAUAAUUUUGAAAAAUCAAGCUGUAAGCUCUAGUAGUUCUAUAAAAAGGAAGCCCGCCAUUGAUGAUCGGACACCAAAAGAAAGCGAGAAACAAGUGCAUAUACAUUUCGCUUCCAUCUCUUUACUUGUCAUGGUUACUCGUACUAAUAUGAUGAAACUGACAAUCUGGGUGGGUAUGUUCCUUUUAGGAACAGCCCAAGCACAACUUUCUGCCAAUUAUUAUGCGAAGACAUGCCCGAAAGCUCUUUCCACUAUCCAAAAUGCAGUGCGUAAAGCAGUUUCUGCAGAGCGUCGUAUGGGGGCAUCUUUGCUCCGACUCCACUUCCAUGACUGCUUUGUUAAUGGAUGUGAUGCAUCCAUUCUUCUAAACGAUACCUCGACGUUCACAGGAGAGCAAACUGCAGGCGCCAAUGCAGGAUCUCUGAGGGGAUAUACUGUUGUUGACAGCAUUAAAUCUCAAGUUGAGAGUGUUUGUCCCGGUGUUGUUUCUUGUGCUGAUAUUCUUGCUGUAGCUGCACGCGAUUCUGUUGUUUCUCUAGGUGGUCCAACAUGGCAGGUGCAACUUGGAAGGCGAGAUUCCACAACAGCAAGUCUAAGCACCGCGAAUUCUGAUAUUCCAUCACCAACUAUGGACCUUAGUGGCCUUCUAUCAUCCUUCUCAGACAAAGGAUUGACGGCCAAAGAAAUGGUGGCUCUAGCAGGAGCACACACAAUAGGGCAAGCCAGAUGUGUGGUAUUCCGCAAUAGAGUCUACAACGAGAGCAACAUAGAUGCAUCAUUUGUUACUUCUGUGAAAACUAACUGUCCAAGCAGCGGGGGUGACAACAAUCUUACCCCGCUUGAUUCAACAACUCCUGUUGCCUUUGACAACGGGUAUUUCAAAGAUUUAGUGAACAACAAAGGUCUGAUGCAUUCGGAUCAACAGCUUUUCAAUAACGGAUCAACUGAUUCUCAGGUCACAUCUUACAGCAAAGAUUCUAAAUCCUUUCAGAAGGAUUUUGCAAGCGCUAUGGUGAAAAUGGGCAACCUCAGUCCCCUCACUGGGACAAACGGGCAGAUCAGAACCAAUUGCUGGAAAACCAACUAAGCCAUAAGGCUUACAUGAUAUGCUUUUACUAUUUACUUUCUAAGACCAAUUGUGUAAUAAAACUAAUUGGAAAAUCUAUGUAUACCAAAGCAUUCUGUUACCUUUCUUAUCUCGCAAGAUAAUUGCUGAAAAUGUAAGGAAAAAUUGACACCAUUAAUCCUAUGUUUGGAAUGUGCUUUCAUAUCAA